CGCAGCACGCCGCUCCUGGGACGCUGCUGAAACGUUCCGCGGCGCGCCCGGUGGAAGUGGUCUCAUUGAUUAGAGUGGAAGCGAUCAGCAGCGGUGACCGCGGCGCGUACGCCUCCGGUGGAAUCGAGCCUUGAGUUCAACCGAGAUGUCGAGUUCGCCGUCCGAGGAAAAGGGGCGUGUUUGUGCUUGUCGCUAGGCAACGUCCUCGGACCUCCGAGACGGAUGGAUAAUAAAACGCAGGUGAAGACAAAAGGGGGCGUGCCUUCGAGGAAUGCCGCAAGAAAGCUCGACUUUCGACUCGGAAGUCUGGCGUUCGAGAAUUCCGGAACACACCAUCAGGAACGCAUCAAACGCUGGGAGAUCUUCGACUUUCGACUCGGAAGUCUGGCGUCCGAGGAUUGAGGAACACACUGGGGCAUCCGAACCCGUCCCUCACGCUGAGAUCUUUGCCUGCGACAUCCUGGAAAUCACACUAAACCCUGUGAUGUUGAUUUCCCGAACUUCCAUUCAGACGUCAUCGGAUCCCGAGCGUCUCCACCCAACCCACAACACACGCGCUAUUAUCCCUGGCACUGCUCCGGGACACACAUCAGAGUAUAACGGGAACACCAACCCGCGCGUCGCACCUGUUGUUAAGAUAUGAAGCCGACGUCAGUAGCCCUGCUGUGUCUCCCCUUCCUCCUGGUCCUCGUCCAUCUGACACUGGCAAAGAGAGGGACGAGCGGUGGGGGGAAGUCAACCACCAACCGCGGCACCAGCACCUCCACAUCAAACCGCGGAAACGCAAAUUCGGGUAAGAAAACCACCAAGGGCGCCCAGCCCCAACCCGGCAGCAACUACCCGAAGAAAGCUGACUCCAACCAGGGGAGGCCAACGGCCAACCAACACGGAUACCCACAACAUGGAUGGGGAGCCGGCAAGCCUAACCAACCCCAAGCAGAUGGGUACGGCGGCAGAGAAUACCCGGGUGGACAACUCAACUACAACCCUAGUAACAGAAUCCUAAGUCCUGGCUUCGGAGGAAGCUAUGGAUACGGCAGCCACGGGGGCGCAGGUGGCUCUCCGUACUCCCGCUCGGUGCAGGGAAUGGGAUACAGCCCGUCCAGCAGUUCCAAAGGGUUCGGACGUGGUGCGGUAAUGGCGGCCGGAACAGGGGUCAUCACGGGCAUGGCUCUGGGCUACGGUCUCAGCAGGGUCCCCCGCCACCCCGUCCACUUCCAAAGCCCUGAUGACGAGCGCUACUAUAACCAGUACAUGUACCAGAAGUACGGCCAGCAUUCCACCGACAAGGACGACUACAGCAGGGACUACGUGUUCAGCCCGCCCUCUUUUUCUGAAUACUUUAAAACAUGCAUGAAGACGCAGGACCUGUUACCCACUGUUAAGACCCCCACUUCUCCAAUCAUUCCCAUUGCAACAGACAAGGGCCCACGCAAGAACACAUUGGGGAGUAACGACAAAUUGGGGAGUAACGACAAAUUGGGGAGUAGCAAGACAAUGGGGAGUAGCAACACAUUGGGGAGUAACGACACAUUGGGGAGUAACAACACAUUGGGGACCAACCAGACCGACAAUCCAACAGCCAACCCACUCCCCCCUGCAUCGAAAGAUUUUAGCCAGUCGGACGAUGCUGAUGAUAACGAUGACGAUACCGUUAGCAUCGUGGAAAUCGGCUACCCGGCGCUGAUUGAUCAGCUGAGGGCCAGGAGGUGUGUGCAUCUCUACAUAGACCUCUCUGGUAGCUUCUUGACGAAACGGGGGUCGGAACCCGACGGAGUAGCCCAGUGCGCAGGGAGUGGCCUCCAGCAGGUUUUGGCUGUGGUCGUCGGCACUUUGCUCAGCCUGGCGAGCUGCAACUGAUGCUGCCGUGAACACAAGUCGUAGAGCUUUUAGGAGGAACCGAUGAGUUAAAGUACCAUUAGUGGCAGGGUUUGUUUGAAAGCGCCGGUAAAUGCAUCCUAGUAGGGUGCGGCCGCCGGGGGAACUGAGAAGCGCCAUCGUUUUAUGGGAAAAUCGAUUGCAGUGGUCUCGCAUCUAGUUAUUAGUUUUAAUAUUUAAAGUCAUCGUGAUUAAGUCGUAGGCAGGACGUUUCCAGGGGGCAGCCUGGUGUAGCACAUGUCCCCCAAAUACUCAACCCUACUGAAUUUGCAAGGGGUUGUGUUUUAACUACAUGACGCUACAGAAUGUUAUUUUUUCUUUGCAUCCUAGAUUGUGAACUGAUUAUCGAAUGCAAUGUUGGUCAUUUGUCCAGUUGAUUCUGUGAUUUAUACAUUCUCUCUGCAACUUUCUGCAAAGUGAGUUUUGGGGGUCAAUGUCCCCCCUGUGUUAUUCUGUGCCGACCCUGCUCAAUUCAUUUGGACACGCCCCUGUUUGAUGGACUUUGCUCUCUCAGAUGGGCAACGGCUGUAAGAAAAAUAUGGCUGCGUUGUUACUUAAAAACGUUAGCUGCUGCCGAGAUGAAUUUUUUAUUACAGACAAAUAUUUGACUAUAGUAUGCUACAGUGUAGUAAAUGAGCUUUAGAACGAAGAAGAGCUGUAGAAAGAUUUUUUAGGUUCGCCAAAACAUAUUUGAAUGAAUGUGCCAUUAUAUUCGGUAUAUUGGGUACCCUUAUAAUAUAGCUUCUUAAGUAACGUUCUCCAGGUUUUGGGAUACAGGCCUACAACAAGCCACCUAUUAGUACAGUUGCUAUCGCGUGAAGAAGUGUGCCAUUACCUCCGUUUGCUGCCUGAGGUCCGACGCGCUGGCUCCGGUCCUUGCUUUAUAUUGACAAUUUUACAUUUCAUUGACAAACAACACAAAAUAUAUACAAAUAGAUUGAAUAAUAAAUGCUACCUUUCCAAUAAUCGUAAAAACUUGAUUUGCUUCCCAACAAACACACCUGUCCCUAAUUAAUAUGUUCUUGGAACCCAAUGUUACUCGACGACCCCCACCCCUUGUGAGAGAGAUAUAAACUGCAACAUAAUCAAACAGAACUAAAUACGGCUAAACUAACAAAAAAACAAGAUCUAAGUGCUAAAUAUUAAACACAAUAUGUGCUUAAUAUCUAAACUCUAUUCCUCUGUAUGUAUAUAUUUGAAUUACUAUAUGGUUCUCUUUUGGCAAUUCUUAUGGCAACAAAGGUUUCCACCAUCACCGCAAGAUAAUUAUACAUAUCAGUAGUGAGAUUUUUGUGAGAUUUGAUGAAUAUAUUGACUUCCUUCAUUUGUUUCUCAUGGUGUUAGCUGCUAUUGUAUUACCUAAAGAUAUAAUGUGCUUUUGGAGAAAGAAAGUAAACUUGCCUGGAUAAUCUCUUGACAUGUAUAGAAACACAGGGACAACAUUAAGGCAACAGUUGACCUAAAACUCGACUGCCUCCUUUGGGAAGCCAUUCAGUUGGUACUAUAUCAUAGAACCAAAAAUUCUGAAAUGUUUGAUGUAUACGUGCCUGUGUAGCGAUUGUACAGUAAGGGCUCUUAUAUAAGGCUAAUGGAGACAUACAACGACGUCGCUGUCUGCUUUACAUUUUGUAAGUUUACUUGUUGUGUUUAAAACCUAAUCUCAGCUCAAUCCUUACCCUAAGGAUUAAUUUGGGUGUUUAGAUCUCAACACGAUUUCAUCUUCCAAUAUAUUCAAUAAUCACGGAAUCAUCCCAUGUUUAUGAGCUGGGUCCAUGGGGGACAUUUCAACAGUAGCCACGUAACAGCAUGUUCAUGAUCAGUACAAUUGGUGUUCAGUAGUAAUAUAUAUAUAUAUCAUAUAUUGUAAUGCAUUGUAUCUUUCACUAAGGUCAACCACUACAUUUCUGUAGCCAAUUUCCAUAAGCUUUCUUCGACAAGCUGCACUUUAAACUGCCCAAGUAUACUGUUUACUACUGAGGGCGAACCUUUUAUAGAGCCACUUCCUCCUCUGAGUUGUUUUGUAGCUACUCCAAUAUAGAUUGAAGGCUAUGGUUGUUUUCAUCCUUAUUUGUAAAUGCUUUGCUUAAAAAGAUGUCUGCUGAAUGACUUUGCACUUUACUUAUCUUAUGCUUGACCUAAUAAAAAGCAAUGCAUUUAGAAA